CAGAAGGGCUGGCAAAAGGGAGAUGAGGACGCAAGAGGCGCGACAGCAGGCGGCGGGGACGGUCCGGACGCUCCCGUACCUUCCUCACUCCUGGCCAAGAGUCCAACGCAAGCCGGCAGACCGCCUCACAUCCGGGUAUCAGAGGACACUCCGCAGCUUCUGCCGCGACCGCCGCCUCCCCCGCGACGCAGAAACGACAAACUUCCGGCGACGACGGCGACGCCUCGCCCGUCAGAUGGGAGUUACCUGUGACCGUCUUGGGCGCGCUUGCGCAACGCUCUUCUUCGGCCCCCAACGGGCUCAGCUGACGUGCCCUGAAGACGAAGAUGGCCGCCACGCUCGCUGCGUGUCACGCAGUUUUUCACCCCUGCGGGGUUGGCGGGGCGUCGGGGAAAAGCGAGCCUGCGUCCAUCCUAGGCGCAGGCGCGGUGGGAGGCCUCGCGUGCGCGCACCGCGGGUGGGCGCCUCGCAGGGAAGCGGCGGCGCCCCCUGGCGGCGCCCGCUUGCCCUUCCCGGGGUGGUCUCUCGGAAUACAGCCACCCACGCCCCCAGUGGUAGUGGUUUGUCUUGGAAAUCUGUGGCCGCAGGUUCCACUGCCGAUAGCAGGAAAUUUCCUCCAAAACCAGCCCUAAAGACCCUCAGCAGUCGCAAGGCACUCCUCCAGCCGCCAGGGGCCGCAAUGGCGCUCCUCGCGGUCGGAAGGAAGUGCGACCCUGCGCGGCCUCGGCGUUUCCGCAGUGCGUCGGCAUAGCUCCGCGCGCUCUUCACGUCGGAGUUCCAGGAGUAGGCGUUUCCGGCCAUUCAUACUCCAGUCCGUGGGCCCUUGGUUGUCGCAUUUUGUGUACUCUAAGGACAGAGAGCGUGACGGCACCGGCAGGAUGAAGCUCGUGAGGUGUAGAUGUCAGCAUGAAUACACACCUUAAAGCUGUGAAAAUGACCCUGAAGAACCGAGAACCUGUACAACUGGAAACACUGAG